GCAGCAGCGGCAACAGCAGCGAGCAGGAAAAGGAGAGGGGCCGCUGUUGAGCGCCGCGCUCUUCACUCUCUCCCUCCCUCCCCGCAGGCGGCCGGGCGGGGCGCGGGCGGAGCGCAGCGGAUCCGAGAGGCGGAGCGGGGCUGGCCAUGAGCACGCAGGCGCGGGGUCAGGGCGCGCGGAGAGCGGCCGAUCCCGACGGCGAGAUGCCUGCCACCGAGAAGGACCUGGCGGAGGACGCGCCUUGGAAGCGCAUCCAGCAGAACACCUUCACCCGCUGGUGCAACGAGCACCUGCGAUGCGUCAACAAGCGCAUCGGCAACCUGCAGCAUGACCUGAGCGACGGGCUGCGGCUGAUCGCGCUGCUGGAGGUGCUCAGCCAGAAGCGCAUGUACCGCAAGUACCACCAGCGGCCCACCUUCCGCCAGAUGCAGCUGGAAAACGUCUCGGUGGCCCUCGAGUUCCUGGAGCGGGAGAGCAUUAAGCUGGUCUCCAUCGAUAGUAAAGCCAUAGUUGAUGGAAACUUGAAGCUGAUCCUUGGCCUGAUAUGGACCCUUAUCCUUCACUAUUCCAUUUCUAUGCCAGUGUGGGAGGAUGAAGGUGAUGAUGAUGCAAAGAAGCAGACCCCUAAGCAGAGGCUGCUGGGCUGGAUCCAGAACAAAAUUCCUUACUUGCCAAUCACAAACUUUAAUCAGAACUGGCAAGAUGGCAAAGCACUGGGUGCUCUUGUUGACAGCUGUGCUCCAGGUUUGUGCCCUGACUGGGAGACCUGGGACCCGAAGAAGCCUGUGGACAAUGCUCGGGAAGCCAUGCAGCAGGCGGAUGACUGGCUGGGUGUGCCACAGGUUAUUACCCCUGAAGAAAUUAUCCACCCUGAUGUGGAUGAGCACUCUGUGAUGACUUACCUGUCCCAGUUCCCCAAAGCCAAGCUGAAACCAGGAGCUCCUUUAAAACCCAAACUGAAUCCAAAGAAAGCAAGAGCUUAUGGCAGAGGGAUUGAGCCUCAUGGGAACAUGGUGAAGCAGCCUGCCAUCUUUACAGUAGACACCAUCAGUGCUGGGCAGGGUGACCUGAUGGUCUUCAUAGAAGAUCCAGAAGGAAACAGAGAGGAGGCAAAGAUAACGCCGUCCAGUGACAAAAACAAGACCUACUCAGUACAGUAUGUUCCAAGGGUUACUGGACCUCACAAGGUUUCAGUCCUGUUUGCUGGGCAGCAUAUCUCGAAGAGCCCAUUUGAAGUGAAUGUUGACAAAGCCCAGGGAGAUGCAAGCAAAGUGACAGCAAAGGGACCAGGAUUGGAGGCAGCAGGAAACAUUGCCAAUAAACCUACCUACUUUGACCUCUACACCGCAGGUGCUGGUGUGGGUGAUGUGAUUGUGGAAGUGGAGGAUCCUCAGGGGAGAAGCCUUGCUGAAGUUGUAGUGGAAGACAAAGGCAACCAAGUCUACCGCUGCACCUAUAAACCUGUUCAAGCUGGUCCUCACAUUGUCAAAGUGACUUUUGCUGGGGAGGCAAUUCCCAAAACUCCUUGCACUGUUCUUGUUGGAGAGGCCUGCAACCCCAACGCGUGCCGUGCCACUGGUCGAGGUCUGCAGCCCAAGGGCGUCCGUAUCAGGGAGACAGCCGACUUCAAGGUUGAUACAAGAGCAGCAGGGAGCGGAGAUCUCGGAGUGACCAUAAAGGGACCGAAGGGCUUGGAGGAGUUGGUGAAACAAAAAGGCUUUAUGGAUGGUAUAUAUGCAUUUGAAUAUUAUCCAGCCACACCAGGGAAGUACAUUGUCACAAUUACAUGGGGCGGACAAAACAUCCCAAAGAGCCCCUUUGAAGUUCAGGUGGGUCAUGAAGCAGGUCCUCAGAAAGUGCGAGCCUGGGGGCCAGGACUGCACGAGGGAGUUGUGGGCAAGUCAGCUGACUUUGUGGUCGAGUCCAUUGGCACAGAAGUUGGCUCUCUUGGCUUUGCAAUAGAAGGCCCUUCUCAGGCUAAAAUUGAGUGUGAUGACAAGAAUGAUGGCUCAUGUGAUGUGAAGUAUUGGCCCAAAGAGCCAGGUGAAUAUGCUGUGCACAUCAUGUGUGAUGAUGAGGACAUAAAAGACAGCCCUUACAUGGCCUUUAUUCGACCGGCUUCAGGAGACUUCAAUGCGGAUAAGGUGAAGGCUUAUGGCCCGGGCUUGGAGAGGACUGGCUGUAUAGUGAACAAUCCUGCUGAGUUCACAGUUGAAACCAAGGAUGCUGGGAAAGCACCUCUGAAGAUGUAUGCACAGGAUGGAGAAGGAAAUCCUAUUGAGAUCCAGAUGAAAAGCAAGCCUGAUGGUGUGUUUGCCUGCUCCUAUGUGCCAGUGAAACCAAUCAAACAUACAAUUUCUAUUGUGUGGGGAGGAGCCAAUGUGCCCAAUAGCCCAUUUAGGGUCCUUAUAGGUCAAGGGAGUCAUCCUCAGAAAGUCAAAGUGUUUGGACCUGGUGUAGAGAGAACUGGCCUGAAAGCAAGUGAGCCGACCCACUUCACUGUGGACUGCACAGAUGCAGGAGAAGGUGAUGUCAGUGUUGGAAUUAAGUGUGAUGCUCGUGUGGUCAGCAGUGAGGAAGAGGACAUAGAUUUUGACAUCAUCCACAAUGCUAAUGAUACAUUCACAGUGAAAUACUCGCCACCUGCUGCCGGGCGCUACACUAUUAAAGUGCUUUUUGCAGGAGAGGAAAUUCCUGCCAGCCCAUUCAGAGUUAAAGUGGACCCCUCGCAUGAUGCCAGCAAAGUGAGAGCUGAAGGACCUGGCCUGAACAAAACUGGUGUGGAAAAUGGCAAACCAACACACUUCACUGUGUUCACCAAGGGAGCUGGAAAAGCACCACUGGAUGUGCAGUUCAGCAGCUCAGUGCCAGGAGAGGCAGUGAUGGAUCUGGAUAUCAUUGACAACUAUGACUAUUCCCACACUAUUAAGUACACACCCAUACAGCAGGGUCCAAUGAAGGUUUUGGUAACUUACGGUGGUGAUCCUAUCCCUAAAAGCCCUUUCACAGUGGGUGUUGCUGCUCCUCUAGACCUAAGCAAAGUUAGAGUCAAUGGACUUGAAAACAGAGUGGAAGUAGGGAAGGAUCAGGAAUUUGUAAUUGAUACCAAAGGAGCUGGUGGGCAAGGUAAACUGGAGGUUAAUAUUUCCAGUCCUAUGAGGAAGGCUGUGCCGUGUCUGGUGGAACCAGUUCUGGGUAAGGAGUGCAGCACUGCAAAAUACAUCCCACGGGAAGAAGGACUGUAUGUGGUGGAUGUGAGUUAUGAUGGCAACCCAAUCCCAGGGAGCCCCUACACUGUGGAGGCCACAUUACCUCCAGACCCCUCCAAGGUAAAAGCUCAUGGUCCAGGUCUUCGAGGGGGCCUUGUUGGAAAACCAGCCCAAUUUACAAUAGAUACCAAAGGGGCAGGAACUGGAGGUUUGGGUUUGACAGUAGAAGGCCCGUGCGAAGCUAAAAUUGAAUGUUCAGACAACGGCGAUGGAACCUGCUCUGUCUCCUACCUGCCUACAAAGCCUGGAGAGUAUUUUGUGAACAUCCUCUUUGAAGAAGUUCACAUUCCUGGUUCGCCCUUUAAGGCAGAUAUAGAAAUGCCAUUUGAUGUCUCUAAAGUCAUUGCCACAGGCCCAGGUCUGGAGCGUGGUAAAGUGGGCGAGCCAGGGCUGCUGAAUGUCGACUGCACGGAAGCGGGUCCCGGGGACCUGCGGGUGGACAUGGUGUCGGAUACUGGCUCCAAAGCCGAGGUCCAGAUUGAUGAUAACAAAGAUGGGACCUAUGUCGUUACCUACGUGCCACUCUCAGCUGGCAUGUACACAAUCAAGAUGAGAUACGGAGGAGAGCAAGUGCCUAAAUUCCCAGCCCGGGUCAAAGUGGAGCCAGCUGUGGACACAAGCAGAGUUAAAGUGUUUGGGCCAGGAGUCGAAGGAAAAGAUGUCUUCCGAGAAGCUACAACUGAGUUCACUGUGGAUGCUCGACCUUUAACAAAGGCUGGUGGUGACCACAUCAGGACACAGAUCACGAGCCCAUCUGGCUCCCCCACAGACUGUCUCAUCCAAGACAACGCUGACGGAACAUAUUCAGUGGAGUACACGCCGUUUGAAAAGGGUCCGCACACAGUCAGUGUGACGUAUGAUGGUGUGCCUGUGCCGAAUAGUCCCUUCAGAGUGAAUGUUGCAGAGGGCUGCCAUCCAUCACGUGUGAAGGCAGAAGGACCUGGACUUGUAGAAGCUUUCACAAAUCAGCCAAAUGCCUUUUCAGUUGUCACCAGAGGGGCAGGAAUUGGUGGCCUUGGGAUAACUGUUGAAGGACCUUCAGAAUCUAAAAUUAGCUGUAAAGAUAACAAAGAUGGGAGCUGCAGUGCUGAGUAUGUUCCUUAUGUUCCAGGAGAUUACGAUGUUAACAUCACGUAUGGGGGAGAGCAUAUUCCUGGCAGUCCUUUCAAGGUUCCUGUGAAGGAUGUUGUGGAUCCCAGCAAGGUGAAGAUAGCAGGACCAGGUCUGGGUACAGCUGUUCGAGCCAAAAUCCCCCAAUCCUUCACUGUAGACACCAGCAAGGCAGGAAUAGCACCUCUUGAAGUGGUGGUGACAGGACCCAGAGGAGUUGUGGGACCUGUUAAUGUGGUGGACAAUGGAGAUGGCACCCACACGGUGGUGUACACCCCUAUGCAGGAGGGACCCUACAUGAUCACUGUCAAAUAUGCUGAUGAAGAGAUUCCUCGAAGUCCCUUCAAGGUGAAGGUGCUUCCUACGUAUGAUGCCAGUAAAGUGACAGCAAGUGGACCAGGGCUCAGUUCCUAUGGCAUUCUAGCCAGCCUGCCUGUGGAGUUUGCUGUGGAUGCUAAGGAUGCUGGGCAGGGACUUCUGGCUGUACAGAUCACGGACCAAGAGGGAAAACCCAAGAGAGUGGACAUUCAUGACAACAAGGAUGGCACUUACACAGUCACCUACGUCCCUGACAAAACAGGCCGCUACACCAUCGGCGUUAAGUAUGGUGGGGAUGAUAUCCCGGCCUCUCCCUAUCGGAUCCGGGCGUCUCCUGCUGGGGAUGCCAGCAAGUGUUUGGCCACAGGUCCUGGAAUUGCACCCACUGUGAAGACUGGUGAGGAGGUUGGCUUUGUGGUAGACGCCAAAUCAGCAGGGAAGGGAAAAGUGACGUGUACCGUCCUCACGCCAGAUGGGACAGAAGCUGAAGCAGAUGUUGUUGAAAAUGAGGACGGGACUUACGAUAUCUUCUACACCGCUGCCAAACCAGGGACCUAUGUGAUUUAUGUCCGCUUUGGUGGGGUGGACAUUCCCAACAGUCCUUUCACCGUCAUGGCUGUAGAUGCAGAUGAUGUCACCGCACAGUCGCAGGAGCCAGUGGGCGCCUCUCCCCCCGGAUUCCGCCCUUGGGUUACAGAAGAAGCUUAUGUCCCCGUUGGAGACAUGAACGGCAUGGGGUUCAGGCCCUUUGAUAUGGUUAUCCCAUUUGCCGUAAGGAAAGGAGAAAUAACAGGGGAAGUACACAUGCCCUCUGGAAAGACGGAUACACCAGAUAUCGUGGAUAACAAAGAUGGCACAGUAACAGUGAAAUAUGCUCCUACUGAGGUUGGGCUGCAUGAAAUGCACAUAAAAUACAUGGGAAAUCACAUCCCAGAGAGCCCCCUGCAGUUCUAUGUCAAUUACCCCAACAGCGGCAGUGUGUCUGCUUAUGGGCCUGGCCUCAUUUAUGGGGUUGCAAAUAAACCAGCAACUUUCACCAUUGUCACAGAAGAUGCAGGAGAGGGUGGGCUGGACUUGGCUAUUGAAGGACCUUCAAAAGCAGAGAUCAGUUGCAUUGAUAACAAAGAUGGGACAUGCACAGUCACGUACCUGCCUACUCUACCUGGGAACUACAGCAUCCUGGUCAAAUACAAUGACAAACACAUUCCGGGCAGCCCAUUCACAGCCAAGAUCACAGAUGAUAACAGAAGACGGUCUCAGGUUAAACUUGGUUCUGCUGCUGACUUCAUGUUGGACAUCAAUGAGACUGAUCUCAGUCUCCUAACAGCCAGCAUUAAAGCCCCAUCUGGUCGUGAUGAGCCUUGUCUUUUGAAGAGGCUGCCCAAUAACCACAUUGGCAUCUCAUUCAUUCCACGGGAAGUAGGAGAGCAUCUGGUUAGCAUCAAGAAAAAUGGGAGCCAUGUACCGAACAGCCCUGUAACAAUCAUGGUGGUCCAGUCUGAGAUCGGGGAUGCCAGACGGGCAAGAGUUUUUGGACGUGGCUUGGUAGAAGGACGGACCUUUGAAAUGUGUGACUUCAUUGUAGACACAAGAGAUGCUGGUUAUGGUGGGAUCUCACUGGCAGUUGAAGGACCCAGCAAGGUAGAGAUCCAAACUGAAGAUCUAGAAGAUGGAACUUGCAAAGUGUCCUAUUUUCCAACUGUGCCUGGUGUGUACAUUGUGUCCACUAAAUUUGCAGACGAACAUAUUCCAGGCAGCCCAUUUAGUGUGAAGAUAAGUGGUGAAGGAAGAGUCAAGGAGAGCAUCACACGAACAAGACGGGCUCCCUCUGUUGCAACAGUAGGAAGCAUAUGUGAUCUGAACCUAAAAAUCCCAGAAAUUGAUUGUGCUGAUAUGACAGCUCAGGUAACCAGUCCCUCAGGGAGAAACUUCGAUGCUGAAAUUGUGGAGUGUGACAAAAACACUUACUGUGUCCGCUUUGUGCCACAAGAAAUGGGGGUCCACACUGUGGAUGUCAAAUACAAAGGGCAGCCGGUGCCAGGCAGCCCCUUCCAGUUCACCGUGGGGCCACUGGGUGAGGGAGGAGCCCAUAAAGUGAGAGCUGGAGGCCCAGGGCUGGAGCGUGGAGAGACAGGUGUUCCAGCUGAGUUCAGCAUAUGGACGCGGGAGGCUGGAGCUGGAGGGCUGUCCAUUGCUGUAGAAGGCCCAAGUAAAGCAGAAAUCACCUUUGAUGACCAUAAAGAUGGAUCUUGUGGUGCAUCAUAUAUAGUUCAAGAGCCAGGCAACUAUGAGGUGUCCAUAAAGUUCAAUGAUGAGCACAUUCCUGAAAGCCCCUACCUGGUUCCUGUCAUCGCCCCCUCCGAUGAUGCUCGCAGGCUCACUGUCACUAGUCUUCAGGAGUCUGGAUUAAAAGUUAAUCAGCCAGCAUCCUUUGCUAUAAGGCUGAACGGGGCAAAGGGCAAGAUUGAUGCUAAAGUCCACAGCCCCUCCGGAGCUGUCGAAGAGUGCCAUGUGUCUGAGCUGGAGCCAGAUAAAUACGCCGUUCGGUUCAUCCCGCACGAGAACGGCAUCCACUCCAUCGACGUGAAGUUCAACGGGAGCCACGUGGUGGGCAGCCCCUUCAAAGUGCGCGUGGGCGAGCCGGGCCAGGCGGGCAACCCUGCCCUCGUCACAGCCUACGGCUCCGGCCUGGAGAGCGGCACCACGGGACUGCAGUCGGAGUUUUUCAUUAACACGACCAAGGCUGGUCCAGGUACCCUCUCUGUUACAAUUGAAGGGCCAUCAAAGGUGAAAAUGGACUGCCAGGAAACUCCAGAAGGUUACAAAGUCAUGUACACACCCAUGGCUCCAGGAAACUAUUUAAUUGGAGUUAAAUAUGGUGGACCUAACCACAUAGUGGGCAGCCCUUUCAAGGCAAAGGUUACAGGGCAGCGACUGGUUAGUCCAGGCAGUGCCAACGAAACCUCUUCCAUCCUGGUGGAGUCGGUGACAAGGUCAUCGACUGAAACUUGCUAUAGCGCCAUUCCCAAAUCCACCUCGGAUGCCAGCAAAGUGGUUUCCCGGGGAGCAGGACUCUCAAAGGCUUUUGUGGGUCAGAAAAGCUCCUUCUCUGUGGACUGCAGCAAAGCAGGUUCCAACAUGCUGUUAGUUGGUGUCCACGGACCUACAAUACCAUGUGAAGAGGUGUCCAUCAAGCAUUUGGGCAGCCAUCAGUACAACGUCACUUAUGUCGUCAAGGAAAGGGGGGACUAUGUCCUGGCAGUGAAGUGGGGUGACGAGCACAUUCCUGGGAGCCCCUUCCACGUCACCGUUCCAUAAUCGCGCUCUCAGGUCUCUCUGCAUGUGCCCCUCAGAUGUAGAGUUGUGCUGGGUGCAGUCGUGUUGCAAAAUGCAGUUUCUAGAU